AACUUCCUGUGUGCAGGGAGACUGUGCUGUGAGCUCCCACAGAGAGAGAAAGAGGGAGAGAGUCUGCCUGUUAUUGUUUACGGUCAGACUCAUGUAAAGUAGGUCAUGGAAAAGGGAAGCUCACUCAGCCACUCACUCAGCUGUCGUCUAACAACCAAGCAGCGAUAGGUGGAGCAGCAUCUCUGCGGUGUUGUCAGUAAUUUUACGUUGAGUGCUGGUCGUGAACAACAGGCAGCAGCUGGACUGAUGCUGUUCCUCUAACAUCUAGACUAAACCUGAACUAACUGUCAGGUUCUUCUACCGGCGAGACGGUGAGUAGGUGCCAUGUCCAGACGAAGCAGGAACAGUCGUGCAUGGAGAUAUGUCUGGGGUGGGAUACGGCGGGACGCUGAUGCCCGGGCACUUGUGUUGGCCUCUGAAAGCGAGGAUUGGAGCUAUGACCGCCUAGAGUACAGUGAUUCAGACUCUGAGGCGGACUUUUCAGCAGUGAUGGUCCCUCCAGUCCCCAGUGCAGUGCCUGUCACAGGAGAGUCCUACUGUGGCUGCGAUUCGCAGGCUGAGACCAGCUACAACCCUCGUCUGCGAGGAUUUCACCAAGUUAAAGACUGCCACUGUGGAGAGGAUGACCAAGAGUUUGACUGGGUGUGGGAUGCCAACAGCCGAUCAACGGCAACAUUACUGAGCUGCGAAAAUCGCAAAGUGAACUUCCACUCUGAAUACAGCUGUGGUACAGCUGCGAUCCGUGGGUCCAAAGAGCUGGCUGAGGGGCAGCACUUCUGGGAAAUCAAGAUGACUUCCCCAGUGUAUGGAACAGACAUGAUGGUUGGCAUUGGUACCUCUGAUGUCAACCUUGAUAAAUACAGACACACCUUCUGUAGCCUGCUUGGAAAAGAUGCAGACAGCUGGGGUCUUUCUUACACUGGCUUGUUGCAUCAUAAAGGAGACAAGAUGAACUUCUCCUCUCGGUUCGGACAGGGGUCCAUCAUCGGAGUCCAUCUGGACACGUGGCACGGCACACUUACUUUCUUCAAGAAUCGAAAGUGUAUAGGUGUUGCUGCCACAGAGCUACAGAAUAAGAGGUUUUAUCCAAUGGCAUGCUCCACAGCAGCGAAAAGCAGCAUGAAGGUGAUCAGGUCCUGCUCCGCGCCCACCUCCCUGCUGUACCUCUGCUGCGCUCGCCUUCGCCAGCUGCUGCCGGAUUGUAUAGACACCCUGGACGUGUUGCCACUGCCGCCGGGCCUUCGUCAGCUGCUCCACAACAAACUGGGUUGGGUGCUCAGCCUCAACAGCAGCACCACAGAAGAAACCCCGGAUGGGCCCGAGCGCCCUUCACGAUCGCCUGUCCCUCCCUUGGCUGGACCGUCCUCCUCUGAGAGCGACUCGGAGGGUUGUACGUCUGACCCCGAAGCCUGUCAGAGGAAAAGAUGCCGCUGGACAUGACUGGAUGGCUCGAAUCCUACCUCCUCUUAAAACACUGGCAGAGGUUACUGCUUUACGGCAUCUAAUCUAGUUUUACUUACCUGCCUCAAGCUUUCCUCAACAUCAGUGUUACACCGUAGUGAAGAAAAAUAACCAGGAUCGGUCGAGCAGAGAGCGCGGUAUGUAGUUGGAAAACUGUGAGGGCAGUAUUUCUGCCUCCACGUUUUAUUACUGUGAUCUUCUCUCAUGCCAUUCACAUGUCUUCAUGCUCAUCAUACACUCGGAAUCCAAAACCAGCUUGAGUAAUAAGUCAAAAGAUAUGGUGUCAUUUUGUUACUAGGAAAAUUUGUCGCAGAUCUGCUGCCUUUCAUAAAUGGGGAUUAGUGAGUGGUACAGUAAACUGUACAGUGUGACACUGAUGUAAAGUAUGACCGUAUUUUGGUGGUCAUCGUGGUAUAUUUGCAAAAAGGGGGUUUCAGAAAUGAGAGACUGUAUAGGUAUUUUCUGUGUUUUUUAUCUUGUAUGCAAAUAAUGUAUAUUGUUCUCGAGCUAAAGGCUAUCCAAGCAUUAUCAAAGUAAUCUGUUACCUGUUGUACUGGCAUCUGUGAUUUUCUUUUAGGGUCUCCAAAGUGAGAAUCAGUUGGUCCUCUUUAUUUCUUACCUACAGGUCACAGCUCUAAAUCUAAAACUUAAGCUGUCAAAAAUGUUAGAAGGUGAAAUCAACCUGAGCGCAGUUUGCAGCUUUUACUCCUCUGACAGUGAAAUUAUUCCUUUUUGUCUUUUGUGGAACAGCCAGCAUUUCCAAACAACUCAUGAACGUCUUUUCAAAGCCUCCACUCAAAAGUCAUGCUAAUUGUUUGUAGAGACUAUGGAUUUCCUCUUUUCCACAAGAUGUAAGCAGCAGUACAUUGCUCAGUGUAGCUCUUUUAAAUCUAUCGUGAGACUAAUAUGUCACUCAAAUGAGACUGCCGCACAUUUUAAGUAACAUUUCACCACUGUUACGCCUUUAUUGUUUUUUUUUUAAAGAACUUUUUAAAAAGUUAAUUUAUUUGAAUGACAGAAAAGAGAUUAUGAGCAGUUUUAACAAGAUUUUUUUUUUUGUUUAUGCAAUGGCAUUUUUUUUGGUUUUCCCCCAAGGCCUUGUUCCAUCCUUUUCCUUAACAGCUCAGUAUGCUUGUAGAAACUUCUUGCACUGUUCCUGCAAAAAUAGACUACUUUCAGCCCUCUGUGUAUGUUUCUAACAGUUAUAUAUAUAUAUUUUAAAUAUUGCUUUUUACGACUAAAAACACAGUUUAAAUGUUGCUCUCUGACCAGACAUUUUACAACCACCUUACAGGCGCUCAGUGGUGUUAAAAGAUCAAUUUAUGUAUUAAUUGAGGACUGAGGAGGGGAACAUUACCCCUGGAUCAGAUGUAUAAUUAAUUAUUUGUUUCAGUUUCUUCAGAGUACCAAACCAUUACAAUGUAUAGUAUAACAGUGCUUGACCAAGGUGUUGGAGCUACACAGUUUACCAACUGUGUUCACUCCUCAAGGUCUUGGUUUAAGUAGAUAUACACAAAGAUUUAAGGUACUAUGCAAUACAAGCGUUUUCUGUGAUAAUGGUUGUCAGAAGCAACGGGUGUAUCGGGUUGCCAUUAUGGAGACUGUGGCACAAUGACAGUGGUGAUGGUACCAGAGGACCACGCUCAUCAGUCAUGAGUAGUGUCAUGACGCACUUAAUUCUGUCCAGAAACCCCACUCUGUAGAUCAGUAGUGUAACAAAAAGAGGUUAGUCGUAAUCCAGCAGAUGUAUUUUUUUGACUUCUUUCACUGUAUUUGUCUUCACAUCGAUGCAUCCAGGCACUUUUUCUUACUGUCAUACUGUAAAUAGGAAAAUUCUAAGUGUUUCUUCUAUACCAUGUCAUAUUAAUAAUACUGUAUGUGAAGGCCUUUACUGGUCUUUUUCUGUAUAACUGAUCAGCAUGAUUUUCAGCUGAAAAUAAAAUGAAUGCUAAAUAUGCACAAAGGA